AUGGCUCCUCUCGGGUCGCUCUUGUUGGCAAUGCUCGUGCUCUCGCUGCUGUCCUGCACUUCACUGGCCACCCCUGCCUCGCACCAGAAGCUACUCAUCUCCACCAUCUCAGCAGCACCGGCCACGCUGCCCGGCGUCGCCCCUCAGUCCUCCCCCUCCACCACCAUCUCCGCUGCCCCGUCGCUCCUCCCGUCCUCCCCUCUCUCCCCCUCCCCGGCACUGUCCCCCGACAUCACCCCGCUGCUUCCGUCCCCCGGCAACGAGGCGGCCGCCCCCGACGCGUCCAUGCUGCCAAUAAUCCCGUCCAGCCCCAGCCCACCGAACCCGGACGAAAUGCUUGCCCCCGGGCCCAACGGCGCGUUGCCUCCGUCCCAGGCCUUGCCAGUCGCAGCCUCGCCAAGGGUUGCGAAUUCGUUUGCUGGAGUAGUCCUCUGUUUGUCAGUAGCAUUGUGCUUGGUGUUGCUUCCCGGUGUGUGA